AUGCCAAACACUCCAACGUCUUUCAUUUCUUCCGUAUUAUUAUUUGAUAUCUUCGAGAAAAAAAAAUCAAAGUGUGAAACAAUGUAUUUGACGGAAAAAUUUCGUGACCUUUUUAAAAGAAAUCCACAGCAGCAAAUAUCGGAAAUUUCGACACCGAUUAGUGUGACAAAAAAUGUUCAUGUGUCCUAUGAUCCUCAAACAAAGACUUUUCAUGGUUUGCCAGAAGAAUGGGAAGCACAAGUGAAAACCAUAUUCACUCAUACAAAGCCUGAAGAUAAAGCACAUGUGAUGACAUGUGCAUUAAAAGUUAUGAAACAGACUAUGCGAGAAAAUACUAAUCAAACAAAACACAUACGUAUUCAAGAUGCCUUCCAUUCUGAUGGAUUAUCGUACGAAUCGGGAGAUGAACUGAGUGAAAAUGAAAAUGAACAUAGAUCAUCACAAGAAAAACUAAACGAUCAUCAUUCAUCCACACAGAAAGAUCAAGCGGUUAAUCGAUCAGGUCCCAAGAAAUAUGUACCUAUUGUUCCAACUAUGUCUACCAAUAGCAAUUCAUCUUCAAAUUUUGUUCAAGAAUUGAAACGUGCGACAAUACUUCGCAGACAAAGCAUAGACAUGACUGGUGAUAAAUCUGACGAUGACAAUGCUGAUUAUCAUUCUCCGGAAUCGACUACACCAUCGAACUCCCGUCCAACUACUCCUACAUUUCCACAAACUCGACAAACCGGUGUCAACAAUCUGACGUAUCAGAUUGAUCGUGAUACACUUAUUAAUGAAGAACCGAAAAUUAACGAAUUCAUUCCACCAAUUUCAGCAAAACAACUGCCACAGCCAUCCAUGCCAAUGAUAUUCUCCCCUGCAGUACGUCCUCAGGGCAAACCUGAUGUUCCUUCUACCCAUCGUUUCAAUGGAAAUAUUCGUAAACCAGCAGAGCGUCCACCAGCAUUACCUCCUAAAACAGCACGAGUAGCUGCAGCUGCUAAUAAACUCGUCUCGUCAGCAAAUGCCAAAGCAACGCCGGUGAUUGACAAAGAAAAUCAUCCUGUUGCACCACUGGCACCAACACGCAGAUCUCCAACAGAUGAACCACGGGCAAUCGAAAGAAAUAAAUCUAAAGUUCAAAGACGAAAAAUGACUGAAGAAGAAGCAAUCAAAGAACUUGAACCAAUCGCUGCGAAAGACGAUCCAAUAGCAAGAUUUAUCAUCAAGAAAAAACUUGGUGCAGGGGCAGCAGGUGAUGUUGAUUUAGCAAUUGAUACGAAGACGAAUACAAAAAUAGCCAUUAAACGAAUGUUAUGGUCAAAACAACCGCGAAAAGAACUCAUUGUUAGCGAAAUUCGCGUCAUGCAAAAUUGCCGCUUUCGUUCGAUAGUCAAUUUUCUUGAUUGUUACUUACGACCCAAUGAAUUAUGGAUUGUUAUGGAAUAUAUGAACGGUGGACAGUUAACGCAAAUUGUCGAACAAACUGUUCUGGAUGAGGGACAAAUGGCCGCGGUAACGAAAGAAUGUCUUGAAGCAUUACAAUUCCUCCAUAGUAAAAACAUUAUUCAUCGCGAUGUCAAAUCAGAUAAUGUUCUCGUUGGUUUCGAUGGUUCAGUAAAAUUAACUGAUUUUGGUUUUUGUGCUCAACUAGCCAAUACUGAAAGUGUGCGAACAACAAUGGUUGGAACUCCAUAUUGGAUGUCACCAGAAGUGAUUAAAAAACUGAAAUACGAUCGAAAAGUUGAUAUUUGGUCAUUAGGUAUUUUAAUGAUUGAAAUGAUCGAUGGUUCACCGCCGUACAUCAACGAACAACCUUUUCGUGCCAUGUGUAAAAUCGCGAUGCAAGAAGAACCACCAGCGAUCAGUGUUGAAUCACAAAAUCGUAUUUCGCAUGAUGCCAAAGAUUUUCUCCGUCGUUGUUUAAUCAUUGAUCCUCAACAACGCGCAGAUACAAACGAAUUAAUCCGUCAUCCAUUUAUAAAACGUGCUAAACCUCUAAAAUCCCUUUGUCCAAAUAUCAAAGCUAUGUUGAAUUUCAAUUGGAAUACAGUUGAUGAAUCAACAUUUCAAGGCACUUUAAGUAAAUAUACAAAUGCAUUCAAAGGAUAUCAAACGCGACAUUUUGUUAUCGAUUCCGAUACGAAGACUUUGCUUUAUUUCACCCCCGAUGAAGUUCGCAAGAAAGGUCCGAGGGGCAUCAUUGAAUUGACCGAUUGUUGGGUGUCACCAUCGAAUGAAGAUGAUGUAACUUUUACUGUCCAAACAAAUGGUAGUGAAAUAUUUAAGUUUAGAGCUAUGGAUGCAAAAGGAAGAAAGAAAUGGAUUGACAAAAUACGAGCAUGUUCAGGUUCGAAUGCUGCUGAUGUUUAUGUUUCGUCAUUGCCCAUUCCGAAAACAACUCAAACAAAUGUGUCCCCCGUCACACAUUCUCCGAAUGAAAGCAAUACUCAAGGAACAAAUCGAAGAAAUUCCAAAAUACAACAUCAUCAGCAAACACUAAAAGAAUUAAAAGAAGUUCUACGUUGUCUUGAAGUCAAUCAACGUGAAUUUGUUGAAACUAUUGAUACAAUACCCGAUGGAAAUUCUUUACAUCCGUUGUCAAAAGACAUGUUAUUACUACGAUCAAUAUCACAAUCGUGCAUUAGUUCAUUACAGGACAGUUUAGAUGUUCUUACCCGUCGCAGAACACCUGAUAAUGAACCAUCAGUAAUCACUAACGCCUAUGGCCGGCAAUUAAGUCAAUCGUGGAACAGUGCAACAAGUGGGAAAUCGAAUUCAAGUUCGUCACCCAACAAAAAUACAAAUAUUAAUCAACAAAGUGAAACAGUACCGUCGAACAAAAAUUCAAGAAGCACCGGUGUUAGUCCGAAUCGUUCGUCAGAGUCAACUCAGUGA